AUGAGCUCAAAGCGGUUUUUCAAUAUACUUCAUUUUGGAGAAAAUGCUGAAAAUAAAAAAAUUAAAAAGGAUAAUACUGGACGAGGGGGAGAAGAGGGACUGAGGGCAGAGCAACAUUCCGCUGAAGCAGGUGAAGCAGGUGAAGCAGGUGAAGCAGAUGAAGCAGUUGUAGCAAAUGAAGCAGUUGUAGCAGAUGAAGCAACCGAAACAGCCGAAACAGCUGGAGCAGCCGAAACGGCAUCGAGACAGAUAGACGUGGAUGAAUCGAGGGACACUUCAAACCAAACCUCAGAUGUAGGAAGUGGUAAGGGGUGUGUAGAGGCAACUGAAAACCAUAUAAAUGUUGGAAAUAUGGAUGAGAAUAAAUCGAAAGAUGGAAUUAUCCAAAGGAAAGGAAAAUCAGAUACACAUCUAUGGAAUUGUAAGAACAAAGGUACCAAUGAGUCAUGCACAAAUCAGUUAAAUAAUGUCCCGAAUGAUGAGAAUAAAAAUGGUUGGAAGUAUGGAACUGAUGGUAGAGGUGCUGUUGUUGACGAUAAGGGAAAAGGUUCAUCUGAAGAGAUCUCAAAUAAUGAGGAGCAACCUAGCGCCCAUGUACAAGGAAAAGAAACAGAUAAGGAUUACUUAAGGAGAAUAGAAGGAGAAAAUGCAAAUUAUGAUGCUGAAGGAAGUAAUAAAAAUGAUCAAGAAAAUAAACCUGAAGGAACGAUUCAAAGUGAUAUGGCUGAAAAGGAGACAUUGAAUGAAAUGCCCAAGUUGUCGAAUAUUGAAAUAAUGAAGAAAAAUAAAAAAGAUAAACUCGAAUUGGGUGAAGCUAUAGAAAUAUCAAAAAUGGUUCCCCAGAAAAGAAACAUACAAGAAAUGGAGAAGUUGGAACCAGAAUUAUCAAAUAUAAAUGAGAGUGACACGAAGGACAACUCAGUAGAAGUAGGAGGGGGAGGAAGAGGAUCUACCAAUAUCAGUAGCAACGUGUUAGCGAAUAACUUAAAUAAACAACCAUCCAAGGGAAAAGUUCAAAAUGUGCAUAAAAAUGGGGACAAUAAUGCAAAGCAAGAGGUUAAUACAUGUGCAAACUUGAUUAAUAAUAAUGUUACUAUGAAUGUAAGUGCAAGUACUGAUGGAAAUAGUAGCCAUCGUCAAUAUAAGGAACAACAGGGUGAUGUGAAGGAGGGUCAGAUAGAGAGUAAAGAAAAUAUGCAAAAUAAAAGUAAUGUACAAAUUCCGUACAACAGUGUAAAUGGUGAGAGAUUCUUAACGAAUGGAAUGAAUAAUGCUUCGAAUGUAUACCUCCCAAAUGGAGUACAUAUGAAUAGUUAUUACGACAUGUACAAUUAUGGUUACUCCAGUGGGGUGAGGGGGAGUUCUCCUAUGUCUACUGGGAUUGCAGACAGUGGAAACGUUUCAUCUGUUGGGGGAAUGAUAAACCUUGGGAACACGACAAACUUGAGUAACACAAAUUAUAAUAACAACUAUUAUUACUACUACAGCAUGUACGAUGAUUAUAACAUAGGGAUGGAAGAAGAUAUGAUGAAAGCAUAUGGGUACUGUUCUAUACUUAACAAAAGCAUCGAAUUGAUGAAAAAAAGUGAUAAAGUAAAAGAGAUUUUAAAGCGCCCAGCAAAAUUACAGGUUACACAAGAAGAGUUGAACAAGGUAGAAUACACAGAAGGGAGUGAUCAGUAUAACAUUUGGUUUGGAAAGUAUGUGAUAGAUAAAUAUGAUAAAAGUUUCAAGGGUCCGAGCAAUAGUACCAUUAGUAGUAGUGGUUGUCCAAGCGGUACCCAGCGAUUUGUUGCAAAGUAUAAAUGUAAACCUUCAAGAGAUUCUGGAUACACAAAAGCAGAUAAGAAUCUGACGAGUAAGCAAUUUUUUUGCAUAUAUUUUGCACGAGGUUGUUGUGCAUAUGGUCAUAAUUGUCUAUAUAGACAUCGGAUUCCAAAUGAAAAUGAUGAAAUUCAGUUUGAAACUACUGUUGAUAUAUUUGGACGAGAAAAAUUUAGUACCUUUAAGGAAGAUAUGACAGGUGUUGGGAAUUUCAAUAGUGAUUGCAGAACCCUCUUUAUCGGGAGUCUUCACAUAGACAAUUUUAAUGAAGUUCCUUUAAUUGAAAAAAUUUUAUAUGAUGAAUUCAGUAACUUUGGAAAUAUUGACUAUGUCAGAUUUAUACCUUAUAAAAAUAUAGCAUUUGUUCAGUAUACAAACAGAGUAAAUGCUGAAUUUGCAAAAGUGGCCAUGGCCGAUCAGCCCAUAGAAAAUCACUCCACUGCACUAACUAUUAAAUGGGCAUUUGAACUCAGGAGCACUCCCCACCAUUCCUUUCAGUAUUAUACAAACCCAUACGUUUAUAACCAGAGCCCCUUAGUCUCCUCAACCUGGCAGGAAUACGUCACUCAGCAGCAGCAGCAGCAGCAGCAGCAGCAACUGCACCAGCAACUACAGCACCAGCAACUGCACCAGCAGCAACUACAGCACCAGCAGCAUCAGCAGAAGAACCAUUUUGGUUUAUGCCACCCGUUUGGUUCACCCCAUUAG